CCGCCGGCACCUCCCGGGCCCGGCACUCGCCGCCGCCGCCAACUUCGGCCGGGAGUCGCCCUCGGUGCCGCCGUUCCCGGAACCCAGCGCCGCCGCGGCGACGGGGAGGGCUGCGCCGGCAGCUUCCCCCCGCUCCCCUCUCGCUGCCGGCGGGGGGCUCGGCCCGGCGCGGCGACGGGGCCGCGGCCCCCGGGGCAGGUGCGUCCCCUCGCGGUCUCCGGCCGCCGCGACGCCGCGGAGGGGGGUGCGGAGCCCCGUGCCCGCCGCGGGCUCCCGCUCACCUGCCGCCGCCGCCGCCGCCCGGGGACGCGGCGCCCGGGAGAUGCAGGGCGCCCCGUCCCGGCGGCCGGCUCUGCGGGGGCUGCCCCAGCGCCGCCGCCCGCAGCCCACCAUGACCGGGCCGAGGCUGGCCCUCGCCGCCGCGCUCCUCUGCAGCUGCACCUCGCCGGUGGCCGACGCCAACUCCUGGUGGUCUUUGGCCAUGAACCCCAUCCAGAGACCUGAGAUGUACAUCAUCGGCGCUCAGCCGGUGUGCAGCCAGCUGCCGGGGCUCUCCCCUGGGCAGCGCAAGCUCUGCCAGCUCUACCAGGAGCACAUGGUGUUCAUCGGGGAAGGGGCCCGCAGUGCCAUCAAGGAGUGCCAGUACCAGUUUCGGCAGCGGCGGUGGAACUGCAGCACGGUGGACAACACCUCCGUCUUCGGGCGGGUCAUGAAAAUAGGGAGCCGAGAGACUGCUUUUACCUACGCUGUAAGUGCUGCCGGGGUGGUGAACGCAAUCAGCCGGGCUUGCCGCGAAGGAGAGCUCUCCAGCUGUGGCUGCAGCCGGACGGCCCGGCCCAAGGACUUGCCCCGAGACUGGCUGUGGGGUGGCUGCGGGGAUAACGUGGAGUAUGGAUAUCGUUUUGCCAAGGAGUUUGUGGAUGCCAAGGAGAGGGAGAAGAACUACGUGAGAGGUUCAGAGGAGCAGGCUCGCAUGCUGAUGAACUUGCAGAACAAUGAGGCUGGUCGCAGGGCCGUGUACAAGCUGGCGGAUGUGGCCUGCAAGUGCCACGGUGUGUCGGGCUCCUGCAGCCUCAAGACCUGCUGGCUGCAGCUGGCUGACUUCCGCAAGGUGGGCGACCUGCUGAAGGAGAAGUACGACAGUGCCGCUGCCAUGAGGAUCAGUCGCAAGGGCAAGCUGGAGCUGGUGAACAACCGUUUCAACAUGCCGACGCAAGAGGAUCUGGUCUACGUCGACCCCAGCCCGGACUAUUGCCUGCGCAAUGAGACCACUGGCUCUCUGGGCACCCAGGGCCGACUGUGCAACAAGACCUCAGAGGGCAUGGAUGGGUGUGAGCUGAUGUGCUGCGGACGGGGUUAUGACCAGUUCAAGAGUGUCCAGGUGGAGCGUUGCCACUGCAAGUUCCAUUGGUGCUGUUAUGUCAAGUGUAAAAAGUGCACAGAGAUCGUCGACCAGUAUGUCUGUAAAUGAAAGGAGCCACCAAAGCAACAAAUCUAUAUUAUAUAAAUCUAUAUAAAUAUAUUUUAUAUUUGUAUAAAUAAACAGAUGAUGAUAAUAAUUAAAGAAGCUUAUUUAAGAGACAUUUUGGUUUUGAAAUUUCCCCCAUCAGACUAGCUGGUUUGUCAUUCCUUCAGUUCUGCUGGGGACUUUGUGUUUGGGUGCAUCUGCCCAUGGAUGUCUCAGUCAGGGUGAAGAGGCUGAGGAGGUACUGACAAAGUGAACUCCCCCCUGCACACAAGCACAUGCUAUUUCAUUACAGAAACAAAGCCAGCGUGAAGGAGAAGAGUGGGUUCCUUCUGCUCCCUCAUCGGUAAAUCUCAGCGUUUUGCGUAGUUAUUGCGCAUCUGAAAUUACAGCCAGGCGUGGCUGAGUCCUAGUUAUCUGAAUUUCAAACCCUGCCACCCCACUAAACCCACUGGGGAAUUUGGAACCAAUUCUUGGUCACUCUAAAGGGCUUUGUCACGUUAGAAGGAAGGUUAGCCAAGGCUCCUCUACAAGAAUACAGCUUAAAAUCCAGAGUCCUGUAAACCAUUCCUGGACGCUGCACAGACCACAAUGUGGUGGAGGAAAGUUUACAACCUGCUGUUGUGAGGAAGGAAGGUGUGACCUGUGGCUGACCAGCGCACAGCCUGGGAGUCCCCAUGAAGCCAGCACCUAGCUCUUCUGUACGGCCUGGGCAAAGGGGAAAUCUGUCCAGCUCGGGCUACAUGGCUAUGUGCAGAGGGAGAUUUUUUUUUUUUUUUUUUUUUCCUUUUAAUCCCAUGCUGAAACUUAAUUUGUCAAUAUAGAGGAGAAGCUGCCAGUGCCCAGGGAUGUUUGCAAAGGCAAUAUACUUCAUAUAUUGUCAGUAGAAAGAAGCAUUGCACGCACACACAUGCACAUGACUGCAUAAGCACUCCUCAUACCGCUGCUGGUUUUCUUCUUUGAAGUGGGUACAGGUGGUCACCUCGUUCAGCUCUAUUAAAUCCUCCUCACCACCAUCACAGAUGUAUAGUUUCUCUUUAACAUUAAACACCCCUCAAUGACA